GCACGUGUGCCUAGGCCUCCAGAGUCACCUUGAGCCGGGCCUUGACUCUGCCGGCCUUGACUCUGCCGGGCUUUGACUCCGCCCGGCGUUCCAAGUUUUGUCGCCGCUCCUUUGUGGGGGUGAGCGCGGCGCGGCUGCAGCAUGCCUCACAGGAAGAAAAAACCCUUUAUAGAAAAGAAGAAAGCUGUGUCUUUUCACUUGGUCCACCGGAGCCAGCGAGAUCCUUUAGCAGCAGAUGAGACUGCGCCCCAGAGGGUUCUGUUGCCCACACAGAAAAUAAAUGAUGAAGAAAGGCGAGCAGAACAAAGGAAGUAUGGAGUGUUCUUUGAUGAUGACUAUGACUACCUGCAGCAUCUGAAGGAACCAUUUGGACCCUCAGAACUUAUUCCAGCCAGUACCCUUGGUGCACACAACAACAGAGAGGAGAAAGAAGAAACUUUAGUAAUUCCAAGCACUGGAAUUAAAUUGCCUUCAUCAGUGUUUGCCUCAGAAUUUGAGGAAGAUGUUGGAUUGUUAAAUAAAGCAGCUCCUGUUUCAGGACCUCGACUGGAUUUUGAUCCUGACAUUGUUGCUGCUCUUGAUGAUGAUUUUGACUUUGACAACCCAGAUAAUCUGCUCGAAGAUGACUUUAUCUUUCAGGCCAAUAAGCCAUCUGGAGAGGAAGAGAGGAUGGAUGUCCGACAUGCGUGGAAAUCUGAGAGUGAAGAUGGCAGUGAGUGGGAAGACACGGAUGAUGAAAAGGAGAGAGGCAGUGAUGACGGUGACUGUGACUCUGCAGGCCUAUUGUCAGAUGAAGAUGAUAUGUCUGCCCCUGGGGCACUUCAUGGAGAUUGUGAAAAGCAUUUGUUCUGGAAUGAGGAAACAAAAAGUCGAUUCACCGAGUACUCUAUGACUUCCUCAGUUAUGAGGAGAAAUGAACAGCUAACCUUACACGAUGAGAGGUUUGAGAAGUUUUAUGAACAAUAUGAUGAUGUUGAAAUUGGAGCUCUAGAUAACGCCGAGUUGGAAGGUUCCAUUCAAGUAGACAGCAAUCGCUUACAAGAAGUUUUGAGUGACUACUAUAAAGAGAAGGCAGAGAAUUGUAUAAAGUUGAAUACUCUUGAACCCUGUAAGGAUCAAGACCUACCAAUGAGUGAGCUAGAUGAAUCUGAGGAAGAAGAGGUUAUUACUGUAGUUCUCAAAGAAGCCAAAGAGAAGUGGGAUUGUGAAUCCAUUUGCAGUACAUACUCAAAUUUAUACAACCAUCCACAACUUAUCAAGUAUCAGCCAAAGCCCAAACAAAUCCACAUAUCUUCUAAAACAGGAAUACCUCUCAAUGUCUUACCUAAAAAAGGACUCACAGCAAAGCAAGUUGAACGAAUGCAGAUGAUUAAUGGCAGUGAUCUGCCCAAGGUAUCAACCCAACCACGUUCUAAAAAUGAAAGCAAAGAAGAUAAAAGAGCAAGAAAGCAAGCUAUAAAAGAGGAGCGCAAGGAAAGAAGAGUGGAGAAGAAAGCUAACAGAUUAGCAUUCAAGCUGGAGAAAAGAAGGCAGGAAAAGGAGCUGUUGAACUUGAAGAAGAAUGUUGAGGGCCUAAAGCUGUAGACAGUGGAACAUUCCCAGUUACGGACUCCUGGCUAUGUUCAGAGAUAAAACUGUUUGCCUAGCCCUUUUACAGGCAGAUACUGAAGAGAAAAAUACAAUAUUUGUAUUAUUUUUAUAUGGCAAGUUUCCCUGUCAACUUCUUGUAAAUAUUGUAACGUUUUAAAUUUAAUAUUAUAAGCUUAGAUUUCCUCUGAAAUAAAUGACUUCAUGCAUGGGAAAUGU